AUGUGCUGCGAGCAAGAAGAGUGUGCCCGUGCUGUCUUCAAUGAAGGGGAAUCUAUUUGCUACCUCAAGGGGUCCGAAGCGGUGGCGAGCUACCACGACGUGCCCGCCAUCGGCGUAUCAACUUAUUCCAUCAACACAAGAGAAGGUCACUCCGAGCCUGUGGAGCUGGUGCCGACGCAGUGCAGCAGCAAGCGAGGGGUUGCUUUCGGGUUCAAAGAAUCGGACGACCUGUACACUCUGAAGAAGGGAAUUUCUUGGUGGUAUGAUUGGUCCCCGGGGUCCCUCGCGGACGGAAUUUUGGAAGCAUCGCUAACCCAGGGCUCAUUGUACGUUCCCAUGAUCUGGGGAGAGGGCGACUUGACAGAGGAGCGCCUGAGAGAUCUUGCGUGGGUAGGGGACACCUCUCCUUACUUGCUCGGGUUCAACGAGCCAAACUACGGGGAACAGGCAAAUCUCACUCCUCAGGAAGCGGCUGACCUGUGGCCUCAAGUUCGACAACAGGCGGACGAUUUGGGCAUGGAGCUGGUGUCCCCAGCCGUCAACUUCUGCUACGGGAAUUGUGUCGAAGAGGACCCCAUCAAGUGGCUCGAUGACUUCUUCGAGGCGUGCGGUGGCGACGUCGAAGGCCGCGACUUCUGCGGCAUCACGUACAUAGCCAUUCAUUCUUAUACAUGCAAGGUCAAGUACCUGAACAAGCACAUCCACAUGUACGUCCAGCGGUACGGUUUGCCGAUCUGGUUGACCGAGUUCGCCUGCGGUUUCGAGGCAACCGAGCUCGACGCAAACGGCCAGGCGAGCGUUCUUGGUGCAGCCCCUACUCGCCCUUCGCUGGGCAGCUACUUGGUUCUGAAACUGUAUCACACGUGGUUAGAGGCGCAUGCUAAACACCACGUGUCGACACAGGCCGCCGACGCCAGCUCUGAUAGCCCUGAGAGCUCUGGUAGCUCUGAUAGCUCUGGCAGCUCUGACAGCUUUGAUAGCUCUGGCAGCUCUGACAGCUCUGACAGCUAUCUUAGCUCCAAUAGCUCUGAUAGCUCUGACAGCUCUGACAGCUCUGAUAGCUCUGAUAGCUCUGACAGCUCUGACAGCGGCGACAGCGGCGACAGCGCUGAUGAUGCGCCUUCCGCUACGCCGGCAGUUGCCACCCCGGCGGCCGUGGAGCCGACUGACUCUGGUUCUGGCGAUUCGGAUUCCUCCGACAAAUACAGUGGAGACUCCGAUUCUGAUUCUUACGAAGACAGUGAGGAGUCUGGUUCAGAUUCAGAUUCAGAUUCCAGCUCCGAAUCCGACUCCAUGUCGGAUUCCGAUUCCGAUUCUGAAUCCGAUUCCGACGAGAGUGGCGAUAGCAACAGCGACGAUGAAACCGAACCUGAGGGAAACCCGGAGAUUGUUGUGGUCGGCGGAGAGGCACGAGCAGACUUGGAUGUAGAUCCUCUCGCAACCGUGAUCACGAACGCGGUCAUCGCGAACGUUGGCGGGGCUGGGUACUACGACGAUGUGGUGGACAUGAUUGACGGGGAGAACAUGAACUGCCCAUCGUAUGACGAUGCUUGUGUCAAAGAGGAAGUGUGCGUGAGCGGCGGCCUGGCUCCUUUCGACGAAGUGUCUGUGUCCUUCCGGGGACCCAUGAACCUAUACAACAUCGCCUGGUUCGAAGGCACCGCGGAUGGGACUCUAGAACGUACCACCUCGUGGACUCCGGGGUAA